AUGGGCCUUUUGAAGUGGUGCGCCCUGCUGCCAGCCACUGCUGCAGCCUCGUUGUCGGUCUUCGGCCACAAGGUCCCCGACACGGACACGGUGACUGCAGCCAUCGUCUACGCCUGGGAGUUGAACGCCCGGAACAUCUCGGCGCAGGCCUAUCGCCUUGGGGAGCUGAACCCAGAGACGGAGUUCGUGCUGAAGGCCUUGGAGGUGCCGGUGCCGCCCCUGUUGCCGGAGCUCUCGAAGGAGGUGGCCGUGGUUGACACCAACAACCCGGAAGAGCUUCCGGAGGGUAUCCAAAAGACUCGGAUCCACUCAAUUGUGGACCAUCACAAGCUCAGCGGAUUAGCCAAUGCCGAGCCUUUGGAAGUUGACAUGCGUCCCCUCUGUUCGGCCACCAGCAUUUUGUACUCGCGCUCGAAGCUGUAUGGCUUGACGCCCACCAAGCAGAUGGCUGGAUUGAUGCUCUCAGGCAUCUUGUCCGACUCGUUGGAGUUCCGCUCGCCCACCACCACUGAGCUGGACAAAGUGCACGCGGCAGAGCUCGGGAAGCUGGCAGGGCUUGAUGUGCACGAGUUUGCGGAAGGGAUGCUGGAUGCGAAGGCGAAGGUGGACCACCUCAGCUGCAGCGAGCUCAUCAUGAUGGACACCAAGAUUUUCAACAUCGGCGGGAAGAAGUUGAGAGUCUCCGUGCUCGAGACCACCAAGGCGGCAGGCCCCUUGGCGAAGAAGGCGGAGCUGGUGACGGCCAUGAAGGAACUGAAGGAGAAGGAGAAGAUCGACGACGUGCUCUUCUUCGUGGUUGACAUCCUCAAGGAGUCAGCGACCUUCAUCUCCUCCUCCUCCACUGCGACGACGUUAGUGGAGCCCCCUGACGUGCCGCUCCAGCUCCAAUUCGGACGCGAAGCGUUACUACCCAAGGAAUUGAACGAGUCGAUCGCCUCGCCGUUCGUGGACAAACAAGCACUGCUGUUUGGCGUGGACACCGCUGUGAGGAAAGCCUGGAAGGUGAAGGUGGAUGAUCAGGGUCUGGUGGUCCUUCCAAAGGUCCUCUCGCGCAAGAAGCAGAUCAUCCCCAAGCUGGAAGUGGCCGAGUCCAUGGCAGGAUGGAUGGACAGGCGGGGCCCGACCAUUGAUUUCGCGUGGCAACGACGCUGGGUGGUGCUCCACGAGGGAAAGCUGGAGACCUACCUUGGUCAGGACUGCCAAGAGAGGAAGGCCAUGACGAGGUUAAGACCACAGAGCUCGAUGAAGGCCUUCAAGGUGGCGCCGCUGGGCGACUCCGAGCUUCACCGUGCUGAGCGGCCGAAUGGCUUCGUCUUGGAUCUCGAGCCGGAGGCAGCGCACCGGCCGAUGGUCUACUUCGACCCGCUCGACUCUGAGAGCCUCAGCCAGUGGACGCAGGCGAUCAAUGAGAGCUUGCAAGACCUGGAGCAGGCGAUGAUGCGAGACUGUCGCAUCGCUGCCUCGCGCCUGGUGCGGGACGUGGUGGUGAGAUGUUGCAACAGUCCUGAGCGGAUCACCAAUCGCCGCGUCACGAAGCUCUUGCUGCGCAACAUCUUCGAACGGGUGGCGCAGGACAUGGCUGCGAAGGAAGUUUCUGCGGUGCGUGAGGACCGCCAGCAGGCGGCCAAAGCCGUGAGGCGGAACAGCUCCCUCUUGCGGCAUAUGCCACAGGAGCUCCGAGCAGACCGUGAGGUGGUGCUGGCAGCCGUGGACGCCGAUCCCAUGGCCUUGGCCUAUGCCGAUGAGACCUUAAAGGCCGACCGAGCGGUCGUCUUCCGGGCGAUCUCACAGGAUGGCAUGGCUUUAGAGCACAGCAGCGAUGCGCUCAAGGCGGACCGCGACAUGGUCCUGGCCGCUGCGCUACGGAGUCCGGAUGCCCUGCGCUUUGCGACUCCGGAGGUGAAGGCCGAUGCAGGCCUGGUGGUCUUCUGA